UUGGAGUGAGUGGCUAACAACGCGCUGUCUUGCGAGAGGAAGCUAUACAAUUUGUGUGUGCUUUCGUGCACAACUAUGCCUCUUCCAGACAACGAACCUUUUAAUAUCAGAUUCGUACAAGCCGUGGAGAAAUACACUUGUUUAUAUGACACAACAUCACCUCGGUACGUCUCUCGGGACGAGCAGGACAAGGCAUGGAACUGUCUAGCAGAGACGUUUUCCUCUACAGGUGCAGAAUGCAAAUUAAGGUGGAAGUACCUGAGAGGCGGGCUCACAAGAUACAUCAAGAAGAGACAAGGUCCGAAAUCGAUCAAACAGUUUUACUUGUGGGAUGCGAUGCAGUUCGUACUCCCAUUCCUGAAAUCUAGGAAUCAGACGGGAACUUUGCCUCCUCCUAAUCCUGAAGAUGACAAUGAAGAUCCUGCUGACGUGGAGGACGACAGUGCUGACCAUGAAAGUGAUAUUGCUUGUGAAACAUCAAAAGAAGUUCCUGAAGCUCUAAGGACAACCGAAAAUGGUCCGUCACCUCCAACCCUUGCUACCUCAGCCAGAAGAGGAAGAAAAAGAUCUGAAGAUGAUCCUUUGGAAAGAGCGGUAGUCGAUUUUAUCUCCAAAAAAUCUGGUGAAGAAUCAGGAAAUCCCGAUUUACAGUUUUUCAAAAGUAUUCUACCAGACGUGGCAGGCUUCAGUGCGUCACAGAAAAGACGAUUUAAGAUUAAAGUAUUGCAACUCAUAGAUGACAUAGCCAAUGAGGGUCAGACUUCUCGAUCACCUAGUGUCGUCUAUGCAUAUUCAGGCUCAGCAGAUUACAACAGUCGGCAGCACCCCGAAGCACUUGGUGUCAUGGGCGACCCAGCCAUGAAGAUAGAACCUUGGGAUCCUGACAGCUAAUCAACAUUUUCUGUACUGUAAAGUUUGGUGUUUGUAAAUCAUGAAGCAUAUGUGAGGAUUCCUUCUGAGAAGAAUAAAUAUUGCAGCAGUUCCUGACUUGCUAAACACCUAC